AUGGGUAAGGGGGUGAGACAAGGCUGCAUCUUGUCCCCAUAUUUGUUAUAUGCAGAAAGUAUCAUGCGUGAAGCUGGCCUGGAAGAAGAAAGGGCAGGUAACAAAAUAGCAGGUAUGACCAUAAAUAACCAGAGAUAUGCAGAUGACGCCACACUCAUAGCUGAAAAUGCUGAAGAUCUAGAAAAGCUAAUAAAAAGGGUAAAGACACACAGUGCCCAAACUGGUUUAUAUCUGAAUAUUAAAAAAACAAAGGUUAUGACAACAGAUAAUGUAGACGAGUUUAAGGCAGAUGGGGAAAAGGUAGAAGUUGUGCAAUCCUUUAAUUUUCUCGGAAGUCACAUUUUUAAGAAUGGAGAAACAUCAGAAGAAAUCAAACGCAGACUUAGCAUGGCUAGAACAGCACGCUGUAUGGAUGUGAAAGUUGAACAAUCAAAAAGCAAGAUAGGAGACGGAUUGAUGCUUUCGAACUGUGGUGCUGGAGGAGAGUGUUAA